AUGGGGAACGAAAAGAGCCCCUCUCCAUUCCCUCUGCUCCUCCUCCUCUUUCUCUUCCCUUCUCCCUCUCUCUCCAAUGACGGCGAAGCCAUGCAGGAUAUCGCCAAGAGCCUGAACGUCCCCGACUGGAAGUCCACCAAUGGCGAUCCAUGCAGCUGGCCCGGGGUCAGCUGCGAAGGCGGGAGCGUCGUCGGAAUCAACCUCAAGUCCAAGGGGGUCUCCGGCGGGCUCUCAGGCUCCAUCUCCAAGCUAUCCUCCCUAAAAUCCCUCCAGCUCCAGGGAAACCAGAUCAGAGGUGAUCUCCCCUCCCUCGCCAAUCUCGCCAGCCUCGAGAGCGUCGACAUCGACGGCAAUGCCUUCACCGCCAUGCCUGCCGAUUUCUUCUCCGGCCUCACGAGGCUCCAAUUCGUGACGCUCGACAGGAACCCGUUCAAGCCGUGGUCCAUUCCGGAUGACGUCUCCAGGUGUGAGAAUCUCGUGCGAUUCUCCGCCUCCAAGGCCGGCGUCACCGGCAACAUCCCGGAUUUCUUCGGCAAGAUGCCCAAAUUGCAGAUGCUGUCACUUUCCUACAACACCAUGAAAGGCGAGAUUCCGGCGUCCUUCAAGGGAUCCAACAUCCAGUCUCUCGUACUCAACAAUCAGCUGGAUGGCUUCCAGCUUACCGGGAGCAUCGACGUGAUCGCAUGGAUGACCCAGCUGUCUGUAGUCUGGCUGCAGUCAAAUGGGUUCACAGGGCCCAUCCCGGAUCUCUCGAAGCUCGCCUCCUUGAGCGAGUUCAAUGCACGAGACAACGCACUCACAGGAGUCGUCCCCUCGUCCCUGACCUCGGCUACCACUCUCAAGCUUGUCACCUUAUCAAACAACAAGCUCCAGGGGCCCGUCCCUAAGUUCGCCGGCGGAGUGAAGGCCGACGUCGAAACGGGCAACAAAUUCUGCGUCGGCGGCGCGACGGAGCAGUGCGACCCGAGAGUGACGAAGCUGCUAGAAGUCGCGGCGGGCUUCGGCUACCCGGCGGACCUCGCAGAAUCCUGGGAGGGGAACGACCCCUGUAAAAGUUGGCAAGGCGUGACCUGCUCUGGCCAGGAAAUCGUGGUCCUCAACUUCGCAAACCGGCAUUAUCCAGGGUCCAUCUCUCCCGCCAUUGCCGACUUCGCCUCCUUGCAGAAGCUGCUUCUGAGCAACAACAGUCUUUCCGGCCGCAUACCUGAUAGCUUGACCAAGCUGCAAAAACUGACGCUUGUCGACGUCGCCAACAACAACCUAACAGGAAAAAUACCGAAAUUCCCCCAGGGCGUGGUGCUGAACGUAGAUGGCAACCCCAAUAUCGGCAAAGAACUGGGUUCUUCCGGAGGAGAUUCUGCUAAAAUUGCAGGGAUAGUUAUAGCUGUCUUAUUUGUUAUAGGGUGCUCGGCAGCUGCUUUGUUUUACUAUAUUAAUCAUCGAAGGAAGCACAAGAAAUUUGGGAGGGUCUCCUCACAAAACCUUCAGGAUGAGCCAGAAUUGGUGAAGAUAGGAAUGAUGGGAAUGAAUUCAAAAGAUGGAGGCUGGAAUGGAGGGCACACUCAAAGCAGCACUGGGAGUACAGUCGACCCGCAAGGCAUGUACAUGCCGAUACAGGCCGUUCGUAGCGCCACAAAAGAUUUUAGCGAAGACAACAUUAUAGGAAGGGGUGGAUUCGGAGAUGUCUACAAAGGGCAGCUGAAUGCGACGGCGAUCGCUGUGAAGAGGAACAGGGCUGGCUUAAUGGGUAAGAAGGGGAAUGAAGAGUUCAGAGCAGAGAUUGAUGUGCUGCAGAAAGUAAGGCACAGGCACUUGGUUGCCCUUCUAGGUUACUGCGACGAUGGUGAUGAGAAGCUAUUGAUCUAUGAAUACAUGCCGGGGGGUACCUUGGAGCAGCACUUGUUUGAUCAUAGUGAGACUGGGUUCUCUCCUCUUACUUGGAAGCAGCGGCUGGUUAUAGCUCUGGAUGUGGCUAGAGGGGUGGAAUACCUUCACAGCAUGGCCCAGGAGAGCUUCAUCCAUAGGGACCUGAAGCCCUCCAAUAUACUACUGGACAAUGACAAGCGAGCUAAGGUUUCAGAUUUUGGAUUGGUUAAGCUUGCAGUAGACAGGCAGAAGUCGAUGAUGACUCGGCUGGCCGGCACGUUCGGAUAUCUCGCGCCCGAGUAUGCGAUCACAGGAAAAGUGACAACCAAGAUUGAUGUUUAUGCGUUUGGAGUUAUAUUAAUGGAACUAACUACUGGAGAGAGGGUGCUCGAUGACACCCGCCCUGAUGAAGACACCAAUCUGGUGCAUGUCUUCCGAAGAAAUAUCCUCGACAAGAAAAACUUUUUGAAGUCAUCUCCAGAUCCAACUCUCGAUCUUGAUGAAGAAGAUCUAAUAAGCCUAUGGGAAGUAGCAGAACUUGCACGAUACUGUACAGCCCGCGAGCCUUCUCAAAGGCCAGACAUGAGCCAUGUCGUAAACAAGCUGGCUUCCUUGGUGGAACAGUGGAAACCCAGCAGCUGUGACGAGGAUGGCGACAGCGAUCCAAGAAUGUCUCUUAGAGGAGGACUUGAGGAAUGGCAAAAUAGUGAUAGCGGAUUCACUGAAUGGCAUUAUGGAGGUCCAAGCAUUACACAUGAUUAGAAGCAAGUGAAGGCUGUGGUGUUGUUGUUGUAGUACAACUAUUUUAUGUGUUUGUUCCAACUGGGGGUGAGGAAGCCUCUCUUUCAAGUUUUUUUUUCG